AUGACAGCGAGCAGUGACGUUCUGCCAUCUUUUGAAAGCUUGUCAAUAAAUUCUGAUGGCAAUAGCUGGGGUCCUUCUGACAUUCCAGCCGGCUUUAAAGAUAUGCCAUAUCAGCCGUUUUCAAAGGAUAGCAAGCUUGGUAAAGUAGCAGAUUGGUGCCUCCCUUACGACUCCUUUACAAGAGGAAAAAAUCGUUACACUACUCAGUUUGGCGCCACUGGUGCCCAAUAUUCCUAUUACCAUGACGAGGAUGACAAUAACUUUCAAUUAGCUAAUGCUGGCAAGGACCAAAAAUCCGGAGCCUCCCGUCAGCGUUAUAAGUAUCAAGUCCGCGGUCGGGGGCGCGGAAACUUCCAAGGUUUCCAGGGUCGUGGCGGUGGUCAGUACCAGUCUCUGGGUUACUACAAUAACCGCAACCGCCGUCCUCUCAAUGAUCGUGAUAGAGCAGCAUUUCAACAAAACUCACGUCGCUACAAUAAUCAACAGAGUUUUCAAAAUAAUUGGCGUCGCGGUGGUCAGACUGGUAAUUGGGGAGGUGGUGGGAAUUGGCGUCAAGGUGAUUUUAAUCGUCGUGUCAACCGUGGAAAUAAAGCUAAUUCCGUCGAUGUGAAAGAGGAGUGGAACCACCUUGAGGAGUUUGAGUUCGCGCAAUUUUCUACCCUCUCUCUUCCAACUGUUAAAGAACCCGAAACUUGGUUCGUAAAUGUGUUGCUUUGUUCUAUAUUUUUCGCCAUUGUUGAAUGUGGUGCUGUUAAAUAUUACGAUCGUUCCUACGAUACCAUAACAACUAAGACGGAGAAGCCAUUAGUUAGAUUUGAAGGAGUUAUCCAUGCGGUGACAACCACAGAAGAUCCCGUGGUCAUGAAUUUGGCUCGUCGUAAGGGUGCAAAUGCGUUCAACGUUUUCCUUACUGAUCGUAUCGCUGCGGCCAUUAUGUGUGCUCCCAAAUCGAUAGAGUCCUGGGAUCUCCUUGCUAUUCGCAUUGGUGAUAAACUCUUCUUUGAUGUUCGACCCGGCUCACGCUUUGAUCAUGUCACUGUCGCUGAAACUGCUAUCGAUCCCCCAUAUGAAGAACCCAGUCAUAUAAAUAGUCCCGAGAAAUUGGCUCUUGAAGCCACCUUCAUUAAUAUCAACUUCUCUCAACAGGCUCUUAAGGACGGAGAAAUGUACAAAUUCAAGAAACCGAAUCCUUUCAUUGAGGACAAGACGGAAGCUGAACGUGUGGGUUCAGUAGGUUACCGAUAUCGCCACUUUGAUCUGGGAAACAACGUCAGAUGUAUUAUCCGUUGUGAAGUCGAUUCUGUUAUGCCAACUCGGGAAGAUGAGGAGGGAGGCAAAAAGAAAAAGAAGAAACAGAAUGCUGAAUCCAUCAUGUUCUGUUGCAUCAAGGCUCUCAAUGAGUUUGAUAGUCGAUAUUGUAAUGGUGAGAACUGGCGUAGCAAGCUCGAUACUCAACGUGGUUCGGUUAUCGCCUCUGAGCUGAAGAAUAAUUCUUGCAAGUUAGCUAAAUGGACUGUGGCUACUAUAUUGGCAGGUGCUGAUUUGCUUAAAUUCGGAUUUGUAUCCCGUGUAAACCCUAAGGAUACCUCAAACCAUGUGAUUCUCGGCACCCAUGAAUGCCGACCUUUGGAUUUCGCCAAGCAAAUCAAUCUGAACAUGGACAAUGCUUGGGGUAUUCUGCGUUUCGUCAUUGACUACUUCAUGAAAUGUGAAGACGGAACUUAUCUUAUACUCAAGGAUGCGAAUAAGCAAUCUCUGCAUAUAUAUCAAGUGCCGCAGGACGCUUUUGAAGAAGAAGAUAACAAUUCGGAUUCGAAGAAUUAG